AUGACCAGAGACUAUACCAGUCCAAAGAUAAACACUAGAAAAGUAUGGGCAACUCUCGUAGCAGACAUCAACUAUCUUCCUGGUGUCUUGAUACUUGACUACUGCCUCAGGAAGAAUGAGUCGAAGUACCCGCUGCUUGUCCUCUACACAGACUCAUUCCCAGCCGAAGGACAUGCAGCCCUCGAUGCCCGAGGCCUGCACAAGCGUUCUGUCCCCCUCCUUCUACCCUCUACAGGCACGGAUUUUGGCUGUAAUGCUCGUUUCGUCGACUGCUGGACCAAGCUCACUGUUUUCUCGCUCGUUGAGUAUGAACGCGUCGUGAUGCUUGACAGUGACAUGUUGAUUGUCCAAAAUAUGGAUGAAUUGAUGGAUUUCGACUUGGAUCCACCGGAAAUGGGCGUGACUGGAAAUCGUGUAAUUGCAGCAUCCCAUGAGUGCACUUGCAAUCCGCUGAAAAAGAAACACCAUCCAAAGUACUGGAACUCAUCCAACUGCGCCUACACCUCUCAGCACAUGACCCCUGAGAUUGCGCAAACAGUCGGACCUCCUGCUGUUGGUAGCUUGGGUGGUCUCAACAGUGGUCUUCUGGUUGUCAACCCGUCGCUUGCGACUUACGACCGAAUGCUCCGUCAACUAGCCACUCCAGCAGUAUUGGAUUACGCCUUUGCAGAUGAAACCCUCCUCUCUGAUGUACUUGCUGAUCGUUGGGUUCCGCUUCCAUACAUCUACAACGCGUUGAAAACGCUGCGUUGGCAGGGCGUGCAUGACGCUAUCUGGGACGAUAAGAAAAUUAAGAAUAUCCAUUAUGUCUCCAGCCCAAAGCCUUGGGAUGAGAUGAGAAGUCUUCAGAAGGAACCUGGAAAGGUAACUGGGGGUCAGGACCCGACACACGUGUGGUGGAUAGACUAUAACCAGAAAAGGGUGGAUGAAGAUCGUGACCGGGGCAUAAACGAUGGCUUUUGA